CAGAUGUAAAUCUAAACCACACCUAUCAAGAAGGUGUGGCUGCUCGUCUGCAAAAUUAAAAUCACCAAAAUGUCGUUUUUGAGGCUAGCAUCCAAUGUAAGGAGAUUGGGGAUUACUCUUACUAGCAGGAGCUACAGUUUUGUGGCUGCUGCUCCUGAAGUGUACACAAUUCCACCUCCUCAACCAAAAGAUAAGAAACCAAGUCAAUUGUCUCCUGAGCAAGUCAAGCAAUACUUUAAUGAUGGGUUUCUGGUCCUACCUAAGCUAUUGACCAGUGAAGAGCUGAAGCCAGCAAUGGCAGCCAUUGAUGAAUGCGUUGAUAAACUUGCAGACAAGUUGCACAGAGGAGGCAAGAUAAAGGAUAAGGGAGAGAAUGAAGACUUCUACAAGAGACUCAUUCUCAUUGAGGAGCAGUUUCCAGGAGCAGCUGUAAUACUGCACAAGGAAGGUUUCCUUCCAGAAGGAUUUAGAAAGCUGUGGUCAAAUGAGAAACUAUUGAAUAUUGUCGAGCAGUUGAUUGGGCCUAAUAUUGCCGGGAGUCCAGGGUGGAAUCUUCGACCUAAAACACCAGUCAAUGAGCAGACAACAGUGCCUUGGCAUCAAGACAAUGCUUACUUUUAUGAAGAAUCACUGCACACAUUCAUUGCAACAGCUUGGAUACCAUUUAUUGAUGCCAAUAUGACCAAUGGUUGCAUGCAAGUGGUCAAAGGAGGGCAUCGGGCUGGUAAGACUGCUACUCAUACCUGCUGUGCUGGAAGUACUUGGUAUGUUGAUUUAGCUGAGGAAGAGAUGGAGAAAACUCUUGGAGUUAACAUGAAGACUGACGUGGUCACUUGUGAAGUACCUUUGGGUGGAGUCCUCUUCCUCAAUAACUGCAUUCCUCACAGAAGCCUUGAAAACUUUUCCGAUAAAAUACGUUGGAGCAUUGACCUUCGUUGGCAAGAUCCUAAAAAACCAAGUGGAUUUGAGGGUAUUAAGGAUCCCAUUUUAAUGCGUACAGAGCAAGAUCCAAAUUAUCAAAUAGAUUGGGAGGACUUUGCAACCACAGAUCGUAAUACAGCACAAAAGGAGUCACUGGGCAUUGAAGAAGAUGAAUUUGAUACUACAGUACAUGGACAAUGGAUGUCAAGAUGGCCUAUAACUAAUCACAACAGGCACACUGAAGCACUCAGGAAAGCAACGAAAACCUAAAAUAAAUGCAUGUUUUUAAUCUAUUAUUGCUACAUUAAUGUAUUCCAAUGAAUAUC